UUCAAAUAUACAAGUCGGAAAAAGUCUAUUAUAUAUGACUACUGAUUUACGAGUUUCGCUAAGUUUCAUACUCUCCUUGCCAGUGAUGGCCUUGUGCCGCCCCUUCAACCAUCAGCGUGUAGUUUGACUAGUGGUGAAAAUGCUGCUGACCAAAAUUAAGUCGUGGCAACUCGUUACUAUAUCUUGUGUUAGGGUUAACGUUUUCGCAUGCAACAGAAGGGUAAAUCUUGAUUAAGGGAAGGGUGAUACUAGCUUCCAAGCAUCUGAAACAGGAUACAACUGGCAAAAGGCGUCAAAAGACUCUUCAUUCCACUUUCGUCCCUAGGAGCGCCGUAAGUGGACGCUGUUCGUUUCUGUACACCGGCCUCGUUGCCAACUCCCCUUAUCUCACUUAUGACUUCCAAAAUGGCGCAUCAACUAAAUGACUCAAGUGCUCCGGUGUCUCAGUCCAAAGGCAUAUUUUCUUCUAGUAGUUCCGAAGAGGGGGACUCUAACCAGCCCAUGACAAUUGAUGAACCUAAUGGAGACCAAAGCACGACCGAGGAGCCCUUAGCCGACUGCGACGAAGAUCUACGUUUGAUCCUGCAGCAGACAGCGAAACUGAAAGCUGACUCAACGAGAUUGGAGUUUGAAGAGCUUUCCUUGAGCGAAGUCCAAUCACGAGUAAACAAGAUAAAACACUCGCCUGAUGAAUGGAACCACGUGCUCAAGUCCAUCAAACAUAGAGUUCAAAAAAAAGAUAAAGAAUGGGCCAGCGAAUAUAUCGAGUCUCAUAAGGAUGCUGUUAUGAAUUUCGUUGGACAGGAAAUUAUUAGGGCCUUCGAGAACGAGAAGAAAAAGGCCAAGGUACUUGAGCGGCGUGUGAAGGAGCGUGAGGAGGUGAAUCGCGUAGUGAAAAUAUUGAAAUCAUUGAAAAAGAAUAAUGCUACAUAUUAUGAUCUACUUGGGGUAGACAAGAGGGCUACAACAGCUGAGAUCAAGAAAGCUGGAAAGAAUUUUGUUUUCAUGCUUCACCCGGACCGAAACAAAGAUAAAUCAGCGCUUCGUUGUACUAAAGCCAUUAACAAUGCGGUUGAUAUCCUCUGCUCCAAAGAGAAGCGAGCCGAGUAUGAUAAAAGUUUACCUAGUCAGUAUAAGGCCCCUCGUGUCGAUGAAGAAGAUCUUUUCGGUGAAGAAUUUGCCAACGGAGCUUUCGAUGAUGAUGAUGGCAAUGAUUCUACCGAUAGUGAAUCAGAUAGCGAAUCGGACAGCGAGUCGGACAGCGAGUCGGACAGCGAAACGGACGAAGAAAAUGAGGCUCCAAUGCUGUCGGAAGAAGUAAUGAAAAUAUAUUUGGAGAUGGGCCAGUCAGUUCUCAAGCCAUUUUUCAAAAGGUUGGACGACAAACCUGACGCGAAAGUACUAAAGGAGAAAUUGAAAAAAUAUAAUAUGUUAAUUGAGGAGCACAAUAGGAAAAGGAGGAUAGGUAUCCCCAAUCUUUUCAUGGUGCCCGAUACAUCGAUUAAAAAGUAUCAUUUCAUGGGACGGGAUAUCAUAACCUGGUGGGAGGCGAGGAGAUUGAAACCCGAAGGGGUACAGCAGGCUCUACAGAAGCUGCAGAAUAACUUUGACAAGGAACGGCUGCGUAGCUAUAACCAGUGGCCCGCUGAAUGGACGAAGCUUCUUAUCAGUCCUUUGCGAAAGCGGCUUAUUAAACUGAAUCUGCCCAAGGAACAAACCCGAACCAAACCCAUGCAAGGAAAUUCGGCACGAGAAAAGCCUAUUAACUGGGCUUCUGGGACUAAAGAAACUAGUGACACGGAUAUGCAAGAUGCUUACAGGGACGACGAAAGACGUCUGCUCGGGAUUUUGGCCCAUGCAUCCAGCGUCCGACCUGAUACUGGCGGGGUGGGGUACAGCGGCGGGAUGGGCUAUAGUGGAACAAAAUACUUCUUUAAUGUCGAAGGACUCAAUAAGCUCGAAGUUAAGAUGGCUAAUGAUGUCGAUCCCGAGGAAAUUAAAAAGUAUCACGGUUCGGGAAAGGCUAGCAAUAUUAAUGAUCAGGAGAGCGAGUACCGUAGGUUAUUGCGAUCUAGGUUUGUUCGGGUCAUAGGCGUUUCAUUCCUACCAGGGACAGGAAGCUAUGAGCGAACGUGCUGGACUUACGUUAGAGUGAAGAUACUCAAUAUUCCGGGUGGUCGUAUCAUGACUCGAUCGACCUUGCGCGGCUGGCUAGGACAGCGAGAGGCCGACAAAAGGAUUGAUGCGUUCUUAGUCGAGUCAAGAACUGUUCCCCCGUGGGCUAUGGACGACUACGGCUCGGGAAAAUACAAAUCGUAUUCACUCAAAUACCCGCUUCCACGAAAGGCCCACGGGAAUCACCAGAUCAUUCGGAAGAGAUAUUAUGAUGAUAGUGAUGAUAGUGAUGAUAGUGAUGAUGAAGAAAGGUCGCAGUCGCUCAGGUAUAAAGGGCGUGUUCGUCACCUUGAAGAAAGCCAGGAAAUAUCAAACUUGGUAACUCACAAGGUUAACGAUAUGAUGGAGACGAUUACGAAAGGGAUCGAGGACAUGUUCAUAACGCGCAAGGAGGCCGAGAAAGAACUUGAAAGGCCCAAGUAGCAAUAAUUUACCAACGAUCUUGCUUAGAACAUGAGAUAUAUCAUGCUCCUUGACGAUACCGAAUAUAUGCGGUUGCUGAGAAUUGGGCUUCCCGGCCGGUUCGGGAACAGUGGAUUGUGGUCGAUGUCCGUUUGAUUUAGAUAGUAGCUGUAAUUUGAGAACAAAGCACUAGCAUAAACCAUUCUUCUACUGCGUAAC